AGUCCUCUCUUCUCAUCCACCAUGGUCAACCUACUCCUCAACGUCGUCUCCCGCAUCCUCUUCAGCACGGCAGACACCGUCUGGCACACCCUCACAUUGACCUACAUCUUCACUUGGGACACCACCCUCGUCUUGCUCAACACCAUCAGCUUCCCAAAGCGCAAGGGAAAGCUCAUCGCCCCUGGGAAGCUGGGACACGGUGGCAACUGGCCCGAAUGGCACCCCCCGGUCGAGGGUGACAGUCGUUCUCCCUGCCCGGCGCUGAACGCGAUGGCGAAUCAUGGUAUUCUCCCCCGCGACGGGAAGAACAUCCCCUUCACCGUGCUGAACCGCAAGAUCAGGGAGACGUACAACUUCUCCCCCACCUUCUGUCUCUACGUGCCGCUGUACAUGGCCCGCCUCCUCGGCAGGUCCUACACAUACGGCACGCUCGAUCUAAAUGAUAUCGCUGUCCACAACGGAAUAGAACACGACGCCUCUCUUUUCCGACACGAUACGUUCCUUUCCCCCGGGGGCGAUCAGGGCAAGCCCUGCCCAGACCUUGUAGACGGGUUCUUUGACUGUGUCCAUGGAGAUAAAGUGACAGUGGACGACUUAGCACGGUAUAGCGAGAUCCGGCGUACAGACAGUAGGCGAAAGAACGGCCAGUUCACGCUCAGCACCUUCCACAAGCUCUUCGCUAGCUCCAACUGCGCAACCCUCAUCCGUAUCAUGGGCGGAUCGAUCUCGGACCUCAAAGUCUGGCUGUACGAAGAACGCCUUCCGCCAAACUAUGAGUCCUCUACCCGUGCGCCCUGGGGCUUGACGAUGGGCUCAUUCCAGACGACGGUACUGAGGAUCGAGGCUGCGAUCAGGGCAAAGGAGAGCAUGGAUUCCACUAUCGGUGAUCUGGGGGGGAGGUAUGGUCUGCCUAAGAGCGAGCUGGGGCCAGGCGGGGAGGUACAGAGAGAGGCACAGAUGGGAGAGACGGCCCCUCUAUUGCCGGGUAAGAAACCGCAGACGAACGGAGAGUGAACAAAGGUGGUGUCCAGUGACGCUGAAGAGAGUGUCCAGCACAUUCAGAUUCAGUUUCGAACCAGUAUACAGCCUGAUAAUGACCUCAUCCUAUGCAUUGCGCUUGGUCUAGUCGGGCAGGCGGCGAGAAUACAUACGCGCCGCGCUGACCCAAGCCAGGCCGUCC